AUGGACUACCGCAAGUCGAAGCACACGAUCAUCUUGGUUCAGUACACGGAGGACCCAAACUCCCGCACGUACCUCGACUUUGAGUCUGUGAACAGCGCCAUGGACGGCGUCGUCAAGAUGUACGAAGCCAAGCUCAAGCAACUCAACCCCAACCGACGAAAUAUCACCUACGACAUCCAAGACUUGUACAACUACAUCGACUCGCUCGCCGACCUCAGCACCUUGGUCCUGGAUUUGGAAACACGAACGUACUUGCCUUGCGGCAAGGAGUGGAUGAAGAAGAAGAUCUUCCAAGUGCUCCGAAACCAAGCACAGUAA